CCUGUGCGUAGGGCGGGAGACAAAGAUCUGCCUGUAUUUUUUUUUUUUUGUUUGUUUCCUCCCCCUUUUGCUCCUCUCACUCCUAGUUCUCACCUCGCUCUGAUCUCUGCGAUUCCACAGAGGUGGUUUCGCGGGUUGUUCCGAGACUCAAUCGAGGACUUACUGGGAAGAAUGGGGUAUAUAGGGUCGCAUGGCAUAGCUGCGCUGCACAGAUACAAGUACAGUGGCGUGGAUCACUCGUACCUCGCCAAAUAUGUGCUCCAACCAUUCUGGAUUCGCUUCGUUAAUUUCUUCCCCCUUUGGAUGCCUCCAAACAUGAUAACACUUAUGGGAUUCAUGUUCCUACUCAUUUCUGCUUUGCUUGGCUAUAUUUAUUCACCUCGCUUGGAUUCAGCUCCUCCAAGAUGGGUUCAUUUUGCACAUGGAUUGCUACUUUUUCUCUAUCAGACCUUUGAUGCUGUUGAUGGGAAACAAGCAAGACGGACAAAUUCCUCAAGUCCAUUAGGGGAGCUUUUCGACCAUGGAUGUGAUGCUCUUGCUUGUGCAUUUGAAGCAUUGGCUUUUGGGAGCACCGCUAUGUGUGGCAGAAAUACUUUCUGGUUCUGGGUGAUUUCAGCUGUUCCAUUUAUUUGUGCAACAUGGGAACACUAUUUCACCAAUACCCUUAUUCUUCCGGCUAUCAAUGGUCCUACUGAGGGUCUCAUGCUGAUAUAUGUGUCUCAUUUCUUCACAGCCAUUGUUGGUGCUGAGUGGUGGGCUCAAGAAUUUGGAAAGUCUAUACCCUUAUUAAGUUGGGUACCAUUUAUUCAUGAAAUUCCCACAUACAAAGCUGUGAUAUUUCUGAUGAUAGUUUUUGCUGUUAUUCCAACAGUCACAUUCAACGUACACAAUGUUUAUAAGGUAGUUCAGGCAAGAAAAGGAAGCAUGCUGCUAGCAUUAGCGAUGCUUUACCCUUUUGUUGUGCUCUUGGGAGGAGUCCUUAUUUGGCAUUAUUUGUCUCCAUCGGACAUAAUUGGGAACUAUCCACAUUUAGUUGUGAUGGGAACUGGACUUGCUUUUGGUUUCCUUGUGGGAAGGAUGAUCUUGGCUCACUUGUGUGAUGAACCAAAGGGCUUGAAAACUAAUAUGUGCAUGUCACUGCUGUAUCUCCCUUUUGCCAUUGCAAAUGCACUCACAGCCAGACUGAAUGAUGGAGUUCCUUUAGUUGAUGAGAGGUUUGUUCUUCUUUUUUACUGUCUAUUCUCAGGGGGACUCUAUUUGCACUUUGCUACAUCAGUCGUUCAUGAAAUUACAGCUGCCUUGGGAAUAUAUUGCUUCAGGAUAACCAGGAAAGAAGCUUGAAUUUUGGUGGUGUUUUCUUCCGGAUGUCCUUCCCAGGUUCGCCCAUCUUCCUUUUUGGUGGUUUCAAAUCUGAAUGAUGCAGCUACAACGAUUUUUUUGGUUAUUAUUUUUUAUAUAGCAUUGAUGACAUAGUUGUCAUUGGGUUUUAGCAUUGAAGGUCUACUUUAAUCAUCCUUAUUUUUGUAAUAGAUAAUUUGUUUUCGGAAUAGAGUAGGCGGGUUCAGAUAUGUAAACUCGUUAAGUGUAAUACAAGCAUUAGAUGUUUGUAACA